UGCUUUUUCUCACUUGCAGGAUACAAGAAAAAAGAGAAAGUGCGCCAAAAAAGGCUCAGAAUUAUUGAAUAACGAAAAAACUUCGAAAUUGCAGCAGGCCAAUUUGCCCCAAUCCAAUCCAGUCCAGUCCAAUUCAAUUCAAUAUCACCAUUUUCUUCUUCUUUCGAUCGUUAAUUCGCCUUGUCUUUAUACUAAAAAUUUUUACACUUUUUAAUUUAAAAAGGAAAAUUAUACACACACACACACACAAUGAGUGGACAAAACAUAAUUUUUGUUGAUGGCGAGUCGUCGUCGCAGAUUGAAGAGCUCGCACGCUACAUUGGCGGGCUCAAGGAGGAGAGCAACGUGGAUUCCUUUGUCAGCGGGCUCGGCGGGUCUGCAGAGGCAGUGCUGAAGGCCAGCCUGGGAGGAGUCCUUGCCAAGGCGCCCGAGGACAAACUUGAGGCCGUGUACAACCAGCUGUUCGCCGUGGUGGCCGGCGCCGAGGACGCCAGCCGCUCCACCGCGCUGGGCGCGGCCACCAAGGCCAUCGUCGACGACCUGUCGGCCAACAGCGAGAGCGGCGUCGGGGCGCUGCGCGUGCUCAACAACCUGUACAACCUGCUGGCGGUCGUCGGCGCCGAGGGCAAGGCGCGGUCAGAUGUGUUCGAGGGCAUGGUGUCGGUGGCCGCGCGCGCGCAGCUGCUGGGCACCCUCGUGCCGCUGGUGUCGCGGCUGCCGUCGAUGCUCGGCGAGUGGGGCGUUGCCGCCGAGGACAAGGCGCGCAUCCUGCUGGCGCUGCGCACGGCGCUCGACGCGGCUGCGCUGUCGAACGAGGCGUACGAGGCCGAGGUCGUCUUCCUCGAGGUCGUCGGCGCCGAGCACGAGCGGUCCGCCGAGGUCGCGUCGUCGGCCAUUGUGCGCUUCGCCAACCUGCUGGCCAUCUGCGACAUCGACGCCCUGGCCAGCCUGGCCAGCGUGCAGGAGCUCAACAAGCGCGGCGCGCUUGGCGAUGCCGGCGCCGUGCUCAACGCGCUGCUGUCGAGCGACUUCGGCCAGUGGGCGCAGUUCGCGGCCGACAAGGCCGGCGCGCUGAAGGCGCUGGGCGUCGACGCCGAGCGCGCGGCCGACAAGGUGCGCCUGCUGACGGUUGCGUCGGUUGCGGCUGAGAACCUCGGGCAGGACGUGCCGUUCGGCGUCAUUGCCAAGGCCAUCGGCAUCGACGAGGACGACGUCGAGCUGUGGAUCAUCGACGUUAUCCGCGCCGGGCUGAUCCAGGGCAAGAUGAACCAGGUUGCGCGCACCGUGCUCCCCACGCGGUCGACCUACCGCACGUUUGGCGCCGACCAGUGGGAGCUGCUCGCCGAGCGCCUCAGCCAGUGGAAGAAGUCGCUCGAGGAGCUGCAGCCUGUCGUCAACAACGCCAAGCUGAUCGCCCAGCAGCAGGCCAUGCAGAUGGCAGGCCAGUCGCGCGUCACCAUCAAAGAGUAGAAAAAGCAAAAGAAUGAAAAUUAAAUAAAUAAAUUCUUUCACUUUA